AUGUCUACUGAACAGGCCAACGUUGUCGAAUCGACCGAGCCCGAGGUGAAGACUGCCGUUGAGGCUGAGUCCGUCGAGAAGGUUGACGAAGAGAACGUCGCUCCUGAGCAAGAAGCUGCUGAGGAAAGCAACGACGCUCCCGAGGCCAGCGAGGAGGCCAAAGAAGACGGCGAGGAAGAGGAAGAGAAAGAAGGCGAGGAGGAGCAAGAAGAGGAAGAGAAGCCGAAGGAGAACACUGAGAAUACGGACACCAACGGAAACGCCCGCAAGCGCGGCGAGGAAGUCGACACUGAGGAGGAGGCUCCGACCAAGAAGAAGAAGAUCGACGAUGAGGAGCACGAGCCUACCGUCGUGGAAGCUGCCGCCGGUGAUGCU